CAAAUUUUCAGUGUUUCAGUGAUCAUCUUUUUUUAAUUUGACUUUGACUUUUUUAUUGAUAUUUAUUGCAUUUACAACUUGUACGCUUCGUACGGUAAAUUCCACUUUAAAGGGCCGCCUUGACCUAAACCCCACGGUAUUCCGUCGCUUCCGUUUUAAUCGGCUAGACGCCGCGCUCCGAACACGAUCUAGCGGCGCUCCCCGGCUCUGACUUUCGGCUUAAACCGGUUCUCCCGCCUUUCGUACGUGCGCUCGUUCGUGCACGUCACUCCGGAGCGUAUCCUUUAACGGGACGAACACCGGGAUUUCGUAGAUUCGUGGAGUCGUGCGUAUAAUCGCGAUUACCACCGCGUCUCGGCUACUCUCAGCCAAGCUCUUCUCGCGAACGCGACAAGUUGACGACAGUGCGAUUUCUUUUUUCACCGCAACGGUGCUCGCAUCCGACACACUUGUUUUUCUGGAGGUACCGGAAGAAUCGCAGAAAGAGCAACGUAAUCGAUAUUCAAUUACGCAGAUGCGAUCGUAUGUUUUUCCAUCAUCCUAAGAUCGACAAAAUACGAUAUGGCGAUCUUUGUCAUCUUGAAGCAAGAAUUUGAUGCUUUCUCGAAAAAAAUUUCCUUUUGUUUUAACUAAACGGGCAGAGCGAUGGGAUAUCAUCUGACAGAACGAACAUCUAUGCCCAAGCCGGCGAUCGCAGGUACCACGACGAAGAUGAAUCCUGAAGAUCGAGGGACGCCUAAAGAGCGCAAAUGGGAGAGCUACCGCCUGAUCAUCUCCAAUCAGCAGCAACAGAUCGCCGUCUGGACGUCAAUGCCCGGUUUACGAUCGCCGUCGAAAAUAUCGGCCCAGAACAUGCCGAAGCUGAAGGACAACGAGCAUAUCAACAGCUCCACCUCGAGCCUGGUGUUCGUGGGCGUAAUGACGGCGCAGAAGUAUCUGGACACGCGUGCCAAAGCCGUCUACGAGACGUGGGGCAGAGAGCUGCCCGGCAAGAUAGCCUUCUUCUCGUCGGAGUCCUCGACGGUUCCCGAAAAUUGUCCGGAUUUGCCGCUGGUGCCGCUCCCACGAGUGGACGACACUUAUCCGCCACAAAAGAAGUCCUUCAUGAUGCUGCAGUACAUGUGGAGCAAUUUUGGCGAUCGUUUCGAGUGGUUCCUGAGGGCGGACGACGAUGUGUAUGUGAGAACGGAUCGGCUGGAGACGCUAUUGAGGUCCGUCGAUUCCAGAAGGGCAAUGUAUAUCGGACAGGCCGGCAGAGGGAAUUCAGAAGAGUUCGGAUUGCUGUCGCUCGAGUACGAUGAGAACUUCUGCAUGGGUGGUCCGGGAGUGGUAUUGUCCAGAGAGACGCUGAGAAGAAUCGUGCCGCACAUCAAGUACUGCCUGCGUCAUUUGUACACUACGCACGAGGACGUCGAGCUAGGCAGAUGCGUGAAAAAAUAUGCGGGGAUCCCUUGUACUUGGAGCUAUGAGAUGCAGUCCAUUCUUUAUCACAACAGUAGCGGGGCGCUGGCAUUUACCGGAAAUCUCAAGAAGAAAGAAGUUCAUCGUGCCAUUACUUUGCAUCCUGUGAAAAGUCCACCUCACAUGUACAGGCUGCACAAUUACAUGAGGGGACUGCGAAUACAAGAUCUGCAGCAAGAGAGGAUUCAUUUGCACAGAGAUAUUUAUACGAUGGCCCAGCAAUUGGGAGUGAACCUUGAAAUCUUAAAGAAUUACGAAAUAGCGGAAGGUGUACGUCUUUUUCCGGUCGAUCCUAAUUCCGAAGAUUAUCCCGGCGACACAGAUAUACUAGGUGUGCCGGCGAGCCUCCGUUCGUUCAAGCCGGCGACGAGCGACGAGGUGAUCCCUUGGGACUUCCUUUCGCGACUAGAAUAUAGUUUGACCGAUUCAAAUCCAAGGCGACGUAUUCAUAGCGACAUCAAAGAAGGCUUAGAGGAUAUCACCAGGGAUGUUAUGGCCUCCAUCAAUUCCUAUUCGAGGCAGCGCGGUCGCGUCGUCGAAGAACGAACGGCUCUUUACGGAUACAGAAGAGUGAAUUCUUACGGAGCUGACACAAUACUAGAUCUUCUACUGGUCUACCGGAAAUACCGUGGCAGGAAGGUCACUCUUCCUGUCAGACGACAUCUUUAUCUCCAUCAACAUUUUACCGGUUUAGAAAUACGCGAGACGGUCAAUGGUGUCGAAGUCCAGUCUUGUCAAGAAUCGAACGACAAGUCCAUUCAGAAUUUAUUUCGCGGCGGUUUCCUGAAUCUCAACUUCAACUCUCAAGAGGAAGAUCCGGUGCGAAGCAAGAUCAUCAAUUUUAUCUUACCUCUCUCGGGUCGCUACAAAAUCUUUCAAAGGUUUCUCCAAAACUACGAGGAUAUCUGUUUGAGCAGCGGCGAGAAGACGUUUCUGCUCAUCGUGCUUUAUCAACAGAAAAACGAAGAUUCUUUCAACAAAACGAUAGAUCUAGUUGAGAAGUUCAAGUAUAAAUAUCGCAGCGCCAGCAUAGAAAUACUGCCGGUAUCCGGGGACUUUUCCAGAGCCCGGGCUCUGGAUUUAGGCGCGUCGAAGUUGCACGCGGACGAUCUGAUGCUGUUCAUCGACGUUGACAUUGUAUUCACGAGUUCAGCGUUGAACAGGAUACGCCUGAACACACUGCCGGGCCGAAGACUGUAUUUCCCGAUCGUUUUUAGUCAAUACGAUCCCAAGAUUGUCUAUGGCGAGGCCGGAAAGCAGGACAAGUUCACCAUAAACGAGAUUUCCGGACACUGGCGACAGUAUGGCUUUGGAAUCGUUUCUUUGUACAAGAAGGAUUAUCGCACCGUAGGCGGUCUCGAUCUCUCGAUUCAGGGAUGGGGCAAAGAGGACGUGGAAUUCUUCGAGAAGGCGGUCAAGUCGGGCCUCGACGUUUUCAGGGCCGCGGACCGACAUCUGGUCCACGUAUAUCACGAUAUUGAGUGUAGCCGAGAGCUCUCUAGUCUUCAGUUUUCCAUGUGCAUGGGAUCCAAGGCCGACACGUAUGCCGGCGUCGAGACCCUAGCCGAUAUGAUCUACGGCAACCCGAACAUACUACGUUUCGCCAAAGAGAGGAGACAGAAGAAAACCAAUCCUGCCGGUUAAUGGCAUAUUUGUGAGAUGGGAAUCACAGGCUGUUGAAGAUCAUUGCUAAAGAGACAAUAUAGUUUAGUAUUUUUGUGUAAUAUUGACAAAUGGAUUGUUCGAACUCUACACUUCAAUGCCAGAAUAUUUCGUUAGUUACACAUUGUAAAUACGGAGCAUGAUUGUGUGAAUCGAGCAAAAAAAUUGAUACAAACUGAUAUUUUAUUGCAUGGUAAGAUGUAUAUAUGUUUUAACUCGAGAAUACAAUUUCCAAGGCUUGAAUUGCGAAAUGUGAUUAUAAAGGUAUUAUGUGUAAUGAAUUUCGAAAGUAAAUCUGGAGAUCGAUGAUGAUCACCAAAGUCACUGCAAGUAUGUUCAUAUUAUAUAUUAUUUAUGCUUACGUCAAAGAAAUAAGUAUUCCAUUUUGUUGUUAGUUUAUGUGAUGAUAUUGUUCUCCAUCACCCAAUAAUCUUUUCAGUAAAAAUAAAAACGGACCAACACUACUGCGUUUACAGUUGAAAUUGCCAAUAUUUCUGUAGGAAAGCAUCAAGCCUAAUGACGUAUAUUUUAUAAGUUCGUUAGUCUAGAAAAUAAGUUUAAACAUUCUAAAUGUGAUAUUAUCGUGCCUUUUAUAAAAAUCUUUUUUCGUAAUCGUAUGUACUGCCAAUUGUAACGAAUAUAAACACUCGUUACGAUUGCUCCGAUGUAGAUGUAGAUACCUCCAAAUCGUCACUUUUAAGCUUCGCAUUUUAUCUACACACACGUAAAAGAUCUUGUAAUAAUCGGAGCUCAUAUUUUACUGAAUAAAUUUCAUACGUUAAUUAAAAACAUCAGUAAUAUAUUCUCGUUAUUCCUCUAAAAAUUAAAAUAUAAAUAUAUAAUUGACUUAUUCAAAAUUGUUUUGUAAAAAAAUCAAUUUCUAUUGUACAAAUUAUUGUAUUUUCUUUGUCGUUCAAAAUUCGAGUAAGAAAUCAAUCAUUUAUCGAUCUCUAGAAAAUUCGCUGGAGAUUAGAGCUUCCGAGUAGCUUUGAAUAAUCAAAAGCGCACGACGUCAAACUUUGAUAAAAAAAAACUAUACUGUAGAAAGCGAAGAGCAAAAAAGAAAUUGAUUCUGCGUUAGCUCACGCAAAUUGUAAGUGAUAACUUAUCAAGCUUUUAAGCAGCAUUUGAUGAAACGAAAGAAAAGCGAAUAACUAGAAAUGUACAAUGUAUAAUUUGCAAGAUAUGAUUUGUUCGAUAAUAAAUAAUGAGUUGUUCAAAAAAGGAUGCGACUUCUCCUUGCAGCGCAUUGUACCGUGAAUAUUGAGUGCAUUGAAAUUGGUUUAAAAUGUAAUUAUGAAUCAUAAAUUGUUAGUAUCUAUGAAGAUAUUGUUAUAAACGUAUUAUUGCAAAUUGUAA